GGCCGUGGCGGUGGCGGUGCUGGUGGGCAGCGCUCUGGGGCCGGGGGUCGGCGCCAAGGAGACCGCCUUCGUGGAAGUGGUGCUGUACGAGUCGAGUCUGAACGGGGAGUACACCACCUUCACCACCGACCUCCAGGGAAGGUUCUCCCGGGCGGGGGCCACCAUCAGCGCCGAGGGGGAGAUCGUACAGAUGCACCCACUGGGAUUAUGCAACAAUAAUGAUGAGGAGGACUUGUACGAGUACGGAUGGGUGGGAGUUGUUAAGCUUGAGCAACCAGAGUUGGAUCCCAAGCCGUGUCUCACUGUAUUAGGCAAGGCCAAGCGGGCAGUUCAGAGAGGAGCCACGGCUGUUAUUUUCGACGUGUCUGAGAACCUCGAUGCCAUUGACCAGUUGAAUCAAGGCUCUGAAGAUCCGUUGAAACGACCCGUGGUUUACGUUAAGGGAAUGGACGCCGUGAGGCUGAUGAACAUCGUCAACAAGCAGAAGGUGGCACGAGCCCGAAUCCAACACCGGCCACCGCGGCAGCCCACAGAGUACUUUGACAUGGGCAUCUUCCUGGCUUUCUUUGUGGUGGUGUCUCUGGUCUGUCUGGUUUUGCUCAUCAAGAUCAAGCUCAAACAACGCAGGAGCCAGAGCUCCAUGAACAGGAUGGCCAUACAAGCCUUGGAGAAGAUGGAGACAAGGAAAUUCAAGUCAAAGGGAAAAGUCUUCAGGGAGGGCAGCUGUGGAACCUUGGACACCCUCAGUAGCAGCUCGACAUCGGACUGCGCCAUCUGCUUGGAGAAAUACCUGGAUGGGGAGGAGCUGCGUGUGAUUCCGUGCACACACCGAUUCCACAAGAAGUGUGUGGAUCCCUGGCUCUUACAACACCACACAUGCCCGCACUGUAGACACAAUAUCAUUGAAAGGAAGAAAGAAAACAACGGCUCGGUGUGCCUGGAGGCCGAGACUCAGCAAGGCCGGGCAAGGCAGAGGGUGGUCCUGCCCGUCCACUACCCCGGGAGGGUGCACAGGACCGGCCAGUUGGCCGCCUUCCCCACCAGGACUAGCACAGACCCUCGCGGGGGAAACCCGGUCACCGUGCUCACUGUAGAGCAGCCCGGCGACCAGGGCCUGUUGUACCCUUCGCGGUCCUCCGCUGCUGCCAACAACGCCUACUACCCGGCCAUUCACCCGGACCACAGCUUGGCGGGCGGGCAUCACCACUGCGCCAACGACCACCGGCCCUACCCGCAGCCCGGGGGAGCCCUGAGGCGCUCCAGGUUCGGUGGGGGCCGUCACUUCUCUCGGGGGGCUUGCUUCUCCCAGUACGAGACCAUUUACCAGCACUAUUACAUCCAGGGACUGAGCUAUCCCCAGGCCGAGGGGGGCAUGAGCGGGGCUCACCGAGGGGGGAGCACGCGGGCAGCCUUGCAGCUGGGUGCAGGAGGGCGAGGAGCAGCAGUCGGUGGAGCAGGAGGAGGAGGCGGGGGGAUGCUCUUGCCCACGGUGGUGCCUAUUCCGUCGGCCUCAAAUCAUCUGAGCGCCGCAGGCUCGGCCUUCGGCUGUUACCACGGCCACCGGUCAGUGUGUAGCGGUUAUCUGGCCGACUGCCCCGGGAGUGACAGCAGCAGCGGAGGGAGCGGGAAUGGCUCGGGACACUGCCACUGCUCGUCCAGUGACUCCAUGUUGGACUGCACCGAGGCCAGUAACCAGGGCGUGUACGGUAGCUGCUCCACCUUCCGCAGUUCCUUGAGCAGUGACUACGACCCCUACGUGUAUCGGAGCCGGAGCCCGUGUCGGGCGGGAGACCCCAACUCGAGCCGCGGGGGAGAGGGAGUAGGUGGAGGUGGAGGAGGAGGGAGAGGCGACUGUAACGGGAGCGGGUCGCUGCUGCUGACCGAAGCGGUGCCCGACGAGCUGGACGUCUCGACGGGCGGGCAAGAUCAAGAUGGCCGCCAGCCGUCGAUGGGCGACCAACUGUCGAACUGCAGCAUGGACAUGAACUACUACAGCAGCAGCGGCAGCGGGGGCAGCUCAUCGUCCCUCGAGUACAGGGACUACCCUCACCUCCACCACCACCACCAUCACCACCUGCUCCAUCACCCCCAUCACCGCGGCAACACCUCAGAGACCGGGCCUAGCACGGGUGGGCCCACAUCCUCGGCCUCCAUUCUCGGCCGGGCGGGCGGCGGGGUGUGGGCCAGGCGGGAGGAGGAGGGGGAGAGGGAGGGGGAGGAGAGGGCCUCGUGCGCCUGCUGCCUAGAUGGGGAGACUCGCGCGCCCGCCAACAACCCCCCCUCUUCCUCCUCCUCCCCCCCCAGCUCGGCACAAGGAGACGUCCGCAAAGGCUCAGGUAACGGCGGCGGUUUUUCCUUGCUGAACGUGCCGUGCUGUAGCGGCUGCGGCAAGUAUUCCGAGCCCGGAGGAGGCUGCCAGCAGCAGCAGCAGCAACAACAACAACAGCAGCAGCAGCAGGUCGGCGCCUUCACUGAGGACUAUGCAGUGAGCGUUCAGUACACGCUGACCGACGAGGCCCUGCGCGACUCCGACCUGGGGCAACGCAUCCCCAUCAUCCCCGAGGACACGGGCUGUCACUCAGCCACCGCCACCACCGCCUUGGAAGAAGAGCAGGAGGACUGCGAGGCCACCCGGCUUUGCGGCCCCGGCCUCUUCUCCCCCUCGCUUCUCGCCGGCAGCUCGUCUGAGGAGAGGAGGGACCCCCAGAGCCAGAGCCAGACCCCCGCCGAUAGUCAACCAGCAACCACCCCAACACGAGCAGGAGGCCGGCUUCCGAAACCUCCGCCCCGGCUUCCCAGAGGCAGAGGUGAAGAGGAGAGGAGCUUUGCAGGGCCUGGUCCAUCCCAUAUCCUGGAAACAAAUUGUCCCAACGAGCAGAACGUCUGAAAUUCUUUUUUUUAAUCGCGCGCGUGUAAAUAUAUAUAUAUAUAAUACGGAGAUACGGGAAGCUGUCAAUCAAGACUCCAAACUCAGUCCUCAAAGGGAUUGCAUUAGUUUUGACAAAACACACACAGAAGUGGUAACGGGGAGAGAGAGAG